UGUAGUUUGAUAAAGCAGGAGUAAUUUAAUUUUUUUUAGUUAAAAACAAAUAAUUUCUAAUGGAAUCUUCAAGAUUUUUUGUGGCUAAUUUGCCAGCAAAUACCACAGAAAAUGAUUUGAGAAAUUUAUUCCAAGAUUAUGGCCAAAUAAAAAAUAUUGAAUUGAAAACUAAAGAAAAUCUUGUCGAUCCGGACGAUAUCAAAAUUAUAGCUUUCGUGACACUAUACAUUGGAGCAGAGGAUGCACAAUAUAGUUUAAAUGACUUAAAUUGGCAAAAGGUCCAUGGACAAAAUAUUAAGGUUUCCUUGGCUAAGGAAUCUUUUCUGGAACGUUUGAAGCGUGAACGAGAAGAAGCUAAUGCUGGCGGCGAUGGAACAAUGCAAGUGUCCGAACAACCUCCAGAAUUACAGUCUGAAUUGUUAAAGGUGCCACGUGAAAACAAACGCAAAACCUUUGAUGUCGAUGCUGAACUGGACGAUGAUGAAGUGGCACCGGAAUUGAUGAUUAGCAAAAAACGCGCAGCCAGUUCUAUGCACAAUGGUAGAAUUGUUAUUCAAAGCCAGGAUGUUCAGCCCAUACAUGUUAUUGAAACGAAACACAAGAAGAAAAAACAAUUGGAUACUAAAUCUAGCACUGCUGAUCAAAAACGUAAGGAGUCCUUAAAUAAAAUGAAAAACCAGUACCAACAAAAUAAAACUGCCAUUCAGCAAGCUCUACAAGGUUUGGAUGGCAAAUCUUCGAACAAAAUUAAGUUUAGCGAUGCUGAAAGCGAUCAAGAAGAUCAAAACCCUCAAGAAAGUGUAAAAAAAUCAAACAUGGAUAUUUUCGGAUCUGGGGAUGAGAGCGAUGAAGAUGAAGUAGGCUUUAAAGAAUUGCCUCAGGGUAAAAAAGGAGAAAAGUUAGUGCAAAUGCAAGCCAAACAAAGUUUGGAUCCACGUUUCCGAAUUGAUGCCAAAUUUGUAGAAGAUGAUGAUGAAGAUGAAAACGAAGAGUCUGAAAAGAAUAAAUCAAACGAUGAUGCAGGUGAUGAAAUUGAUGAUGAACGACAAUGGCAAAUGAAUAUAUUGGAACAAGUAGUGGGCACUAAAUUGGACACAGUAAAAAGUUCUGACAAGUCUCAGAAAAAUAAGAAAAUGUUACGUUAUGAUCCCUCUAAAGAUGAACAUCAAAAAUUCGAACGCAGCCGUGAAGAAGACACUCAAAUAAAGAAAUCAAAACAAAAACAAAGCAAAAUUAAGGACUCUGGGGAAGACGAGAGUGCAUCUGGCGCCCCUGCAGAGGUAUCAAAAGAAGUGUUUUAUGUUGUAACUGACACGCUGCAGCAAUCGCUGCGCACUCGUGGAGAAGGUUUCAGCUUGUUGAAUAUGUUUGGCAACUCAGAACAACUGGACCAGCGUGACGAACAGCUUAAACAACUGGGCAAUGAAAAGAUUUUAGUUAAUAACAAUAAAUUGGAAAAAUCAUUUACGGUUAAUCCCUUCAGCUACGAUUCUUCGUCUGAAUCGGAGGGCGAAGAAAUGUCCAACGACCAAGAAAACGUUGGUCCCAAGGAGGGUGACAAAGCCGACACACAGGUUUUGAAAAAAUCCAAGAAAAAACCUAAAAUUGCUACUGAAUCGUUCUUCAUACCCAAGAAUGAUAUACGCCUCAAAGAGGGUUCCAAAUUCUUUAUCUAUAAGAAAACUGAUGAAGCUACAACCGAAAAUUACGAAGAAGUCCGUAAUCGUUUGAAAUUAUUGAUUAAAACUAAAAUCACGAAGACUAAAAAGAACUUAGCCAAUGCUGGGUAUAAAGGAAAGAGGAAGGUUUAAAGUAUAAUUUUAUUUCCACAAUAUUUAGCUUGUUAAGUAGAUUAACUCUAAUUUUGAUAAUUAAAUUAGUUAAUAAAUUAUAGUUUGUUAAUAAUAUUUGAUGUUCAAAUAAUUAUUUGAAAUAAACAAAGAUGUAUUUGUUUUUAAUAUA